AUGAAGAGUGAGUGUAAUAGGAACCUCUCAGAGGUGACUGAGUUUGUUUUGCUGGGAUUUAGAACUCCUCCAAAGCUACAGAUCCUCCUGUUUCUAGGAUUCCUGCUGGUCUAUGUGGUCACUCUGGUGGGAAAUAUCAGCAUGAUAGUUGUCAUUAAGAUGGACUCCAGACUUCAAAUGCCUAUGUAUUUCUCCCUUAGAAACUUGUCCUAUUUAGAUCUCUGCUACUCCACAGUCAUUGCUCCCAAAACUUUAGCCAACGUCUUGUCUAGUGAACAGAAAAUUUCUUACAGAGGCUGUGCAGUCCAGUUUUUCUCCUUUGCUCUGUCUGUCACCGCUGAGGGCUUUCUUCUGGCUGUCAUGACAUGUGGUCAGUUCUCAGCCAUUUGCUCCCCACUCCUGUGUCCUGGGCACACAUCCCCAAAACUCUGUGUUCAGUUGGUAACCGGCUCUUAUACUUGUGGCUGCAUCAAUGCUGCAGUCCAAACAGGUUUCACCUUCAGUUUGCGUUUCUGUGGGGAAAACAGAUUGGAUCACUUUUUCUGUGAUGUCCCAGCCCUGAUCAAGAUCUCCUGUGUGGACACCUUUGUGAACGAGGUUGGUCUGUGUAUUCUUUCUGCUCUCAUCAUCAUCACCACCACAACUGUCAUUCUGGUUUCCUAUGCAUAUAUCCUCUCUUCUGUCCUAAAGAUCCCUUCAACCCAUGGCAGGAGUAGGACGUUCUCCACCUGUGGCUCUCAUAUAGCAGCGGUGAGCUUAUUCUACGGGACUGAGUUCUUCAUGAAUGCCCAACCUGGAGCCAUCUCGUCUCCAGAAGAGAACAAGCUUGUAGCUGUGAUCUACACCCUUGUAAUCCCAAUGUUAAAUCCUCUAAUAUACAGUCUGAGAAACAGGGAUGUGAAAGAUGCUGUGAAAAGAAUAUUACACAGUAAAUGA